GCACCGUUCCAGCCUAGAGGGAGGAGUCAUCUUCACCAGGAAGAGCUCCAGGCAUCCUGGUGGUGACCCGCUGAAAACGAGGCAUCGUCUCAAUAAUGGACGACGGGCCGCUGGGUAGCGGGCCCCUAAACCAUGGGCCUCUGGGCCUGCUUGGCGGACUGGGCUCCCCGGCGUCGGGAGAUUCGGAUGGCUCCGACGGAUCAUCAUCGGAAUCCACCUCGUCGCCGCCGUCACCGCCGACUCCCUCCAGCCCCGAAUCAUCGUCCACACCGUCGACCCCACCGCCCGAGUCCUCGUCCGGCGCAUCCCCGUCGCCACCCUCCCCGCCGCUGUCGCCGCCGCCGGCUCCACCAGCAGACGGCGGCUCUCCCCCGUUGCAGGUCUCACCGCCAGGAGGAUCAAACGCCAUCCCGUCUCCUGAGGCUCCGAAGCACAGCGGCGGCGGCGGCGGUUCCUCCUCGGAGGGCGGGAGCUCCAAGGGUGGGAGCGGCGGCCGCGGCAAGAGCGGGAGCAGCGGUUCAGCGCCGCCCGUGGCGGCCGUCGUCGUCGGCGUGGUGAUCGGGAUCCUAGCCUUCGGGCUGCUCCUGGCCAUCGCCGCGUGCGUGUGCUGCGCCAGGAGGAAGAAGAAGCCGCGCCACCCCCCGCACAUGAACAUGCCCUACUACACCGACCAACACGGGAACGUGUACUACGCGAACAGCAUGCCCAAGUGGCAGAACAGCGGCGCGGUCGGCGGGGGGAUGGGAUGGCGGCCGCAAUACUCGCCGGGGCAGGGCCCUCCCCUGAGCGAGGAGAUGAUGAGCGGGACGCAAUCGCACGGGACGGGGGGCACCCCGCCCCCGCCGUCCCCGGCCAUGGCGCUGGGCUUCGGGGCGCAGAGCUCCUUCACGUACGACGAGCUGGCGGCGGCGACGGGCGGGUUCGCCCAGGCGAACCUGCUGGGGCAGGGCGGCUUCGGGUUCGUUUACAAGGGCGUCCUGCCCGGCAGCGGCAAGGAGGUGGCCGUGAAGCAGCUCAAGGCCAGCAGCGGGCAGGGCGAGCGCGAGUUCCAGGCCGAGGUGGAGAUCAUCAGCCGCGUCCACCAUCGGCACCUCGUCUCCCUCGUCGGAUACUGCAUGGCCGGAUCAUCCCAGCGCCUGCUCGUCUACGAGUUCGUCCCCAACGACACCCUCGAGCGUCACCUCCACGGGAAGGGCGUGCCGGUGAUGAACUGGCCGAGGAGGCUCGCCAUAGCGCUGGGCUCCGCCAAGGGCCUCGCUUACCUGCACGAAGAUUGUCAUCCAAGGAUCAUCCACCGUGACAUCAAGGCAGCCAACAUUCUCUUGGACGAAAAUUUCGACGCCAAGGUUGCGGAUUUCGGGCUCGCCAAGCUAACCACGGACAACAACACGCACGUCUCCACGCGAGUCAUGGGUACUUUCGGGUACCUGGCCCCGGAGUACGCCUCCAGCGGCAAGCUCACGGACAAAUCGGACGUCUUCUCCUUCGGCGUCAUGAUGCUCGAGCUCAUCACCGGCCGCCGGCCCGUCGAUACCACCAACCACAUGGAGGAUAGCUUGGUCGAUUGGGCGAGGCCACUCUUGGCGCAGGCGCUAUCGGAAGGCGGUUCCUUCGACGAGCUCAUCGACCCGCGCCUGGAGAACAGGUACGACCGGUCGGAGAUGGAGCGCAUGGCUGCCGCCGCCGCGGCAGCCGUUCGCCACUCUGCCAAGCGCCGCCCGAAGAUGAAACAGAUUGUCCGUGCUCUGGAGGGCGACGCGUCGCUGGACGACCUGCACGAUGGGGUGAAGCCUGGGCAGAGCAUGAUGUUCAGCUCCGGAUCAGAGGGCGGCUCGGGCGGGAACUACGCGUCCAACAUCAACAGGCUGAGGCAGAUCGCGUUUGAGAGUAGCGAGGAGGACAGCAACGAGUACAGCGAGUCAGGAGACACAGCACGACGGCAUUCAUAACCAAUCCUUUCCUUCCCCUCUGGAUCGAAGAAUAGAAGAGCCCUUCGCCGUGUAAGUUGAACAUGGAAUGGGGGAUUGGUUGCUGGGAUAUGGGAUGUACAUGUGCUGGAUGUAACUGCUUUCGUGCUUGUAAAUAUUUGCUGUACUAUCGUGUGAAUCGAUGUAUAUCUGUGUAAAUUGCAUGUAAA